AUGCGCGUGCCAUAUCGACCUCCCGAGAUGCAGCAGUCCGUAUCAGAAGAACUGCCCACGGGGAACACGCCGUCGAACACCCGCCCGGCCCAGACAUUGGCUUCGCCGCAAGAAUGGGAGUCGGUAGCAGACCCAGCCAUCACCAUCAUCGUCGCGGACAUCCUCAUCCCGGGCCGCGGCGACCCAAUGGAGAAUGCCGCCGUCGUCGUCGAGGACGGCAAGAUCAUCCACGUUGGCCCGCGUGACAGUCUCCCCGAUAAGUACCAUUCAGUCACAUCGGUCCACGUGCCCGUCAUCAUGCCCGGCCUCUGGGACGUUCACGUCCACUUUCUCGGCAUCGAUGUCGUGACCGGCUUCGACGGCAUGUUCAACGUCUUGCCGGGGUCCAACGCGCUCAUCGGCGCCGUCAUCGUUCAGGACCUGGAGGCGACGCUCAUGGCGGGGUACACCUCGGUCCGCGAGCUGGGAGGGUACGCCGGCGACCUGGUCCCCGGCAUCGAUUCGGGACGCCUCGUGGGACCCAACGUCUACUCGUCGAUCGCGGCCAUGUCCAUUAGCGGCGGCCACGGCGACCAGCACACCCUCCCCAUUCAGACAGUACUUGACUUCGCAAAGUGCGGCGGCCCCUGCUCCAUUGCCGACGGGCCGGAGGACUGCACCAAGCAGGUGAGGCUUCUCGUCCGCCGGGGUGCGCGCUGCAUCAAGAUCUGUUCCAGCGGCGGCGUGCUGAGCCUGCUGGACGACCCGGAGGACAGGCAGUUCUCGGACGAGGAGCUGAGGGCGAUCGUCGAGGAAGCCGGGCGCAGCCGGCGCUCUGUCGGCGCGCACGCCAUCGGGAAGGCGGGCAUCAUGGCGGCGCUGCGGGCCGGGGUGAAGAGCAUCGAGCACGGGUGUUACAUCGACGACGAGGCCGUCGACGUGAUGCUGGAGAAGGACGCCGUCUUCGUCCCGACGCAGCACGCCAUCAUGAGCUUGGCCGAGGACCCGUCGCAGCUGCCGCCGCCUCUGGCGCGGAAGCUCGUGAAGCUCGUGCAGAAGGCCACCGACUCGUGUCAGUUUGCCAUCAAGAGGGGCGUCAAGGUCGCGCUCGGGACGGACACGUGGAGCAGCGACAGGACGAAGGCUCUCGCGCACGGGAACAACGCCAGGGAGCUGUACUGGGCGGUGAAGAAUGGUAUGACGCCGCUGGAGGCCAUCGAGGCCGGCACCGCCAACGGCCCCGAGGUCUUGGGGGGGAUGGCGCCCCUGAGCGGUCAGAUCAAGGAGGGAUACGACGCGGACUUGAUUGCUGUUGCGAGGAACCCUCUAAAGGAUAUUGAGAUCUUGACGAAGAAGGAGAACAUUACCCAUGUCUGGAAGGGGGGCAAGUUGUUCAAGUCUCCAUGA